CUUAUUUAGGUUGCGCAGGCGCCCCCUAGCCACUUCUGGUCAGCCGCGCUCAGGUCGCGUUUCCUGUGUCCCCGACGCCGGCGCUCCGCGAGACACGAUGAUGCUGGGCACGGAAGGCGGCGAGGGCUUCGUGGUGAAGGUGCGCGGCCUGCCCUGGUCCUGCUCCGCCGAGGAGGUGCAGCGCUUCUUCUCGGAAUGCAAAAUUCAAAAUGGGGCUCAAGGUAUUCGUUUCAUCUACACCAGAGAAGGCAGACCAAGUGGCGAGGCUUUUGUUGAACUUGAAUCAGAAGAUGAAGUCAAGUUGGCCCUGAAAAAAGACAGAGAAACUAUGGGACACAGAUAUGUUGAAGUAUUCAAGUCAAACAACGUUGAAAUGGAUUGGGUGUUGAAGCAUACUGGUCCAAAUAGUCCUGACACGGCCAAUGAUGGCUUUGUGCGUCUUAGAGGACUCCCCUUUGGAUGUAGCAAGGAAGAGAUUGUUCAGUUCUUCUCAGGGUUGGAAAUCGUGCCAAAUGGGAUAACAUUGCCGGUGGACUUCCAGGGGAGGAGUACGGGGGAGGCCUUCGUGCAGUUUGCUUCACAGGAAAUAGCUGAAAAGGCUCUAAAGAAACACAAGGAAAGAAUAGGGCACAGGUAUAUCGAGAUCUUUAAGAGCAGUCGAGCUGAAGUUAGAACUCACUAUGAUCCUCCGAGGAAGCUCAUGGCCAUGCAGAGGCCGGGCCCCUAUGACAGGCCUGGGGCCGGCAGAGGGUAUAACAGUAUCGGCAGAGGGGCUGGCUUUGAAAGGAUGAGACGUGGCGCCUACGGCGGAGGCUAUGGAGGCUAUGAUGAUUAUAAUGGCUAUAACGAUGGCUAUGGAUUUGGGUCGGAUAGAUUUGGAAGAGACCUCAAUUAUUGUUUUUCAGGAAUGUCUGAUCACAGAUACGGGGAUGGCAGCUCUACUUUCCAGAGCACAACGGGACACUGUGUACACAUGCGUGGAUUACCUUACAGAGCCACCGAGAAUGACAUUUACAACUUUUUUUCACCGCUCAAUCCUGUGAGAGUACACAUUGAAAUUGGUCCUGAUGGCAGAGUGACUGGAGAGGCAGAUGUUGAGUUUGCUACUCAUGAAGAUGCCGUGGCAGCUAUGUCAAAAGACAAAGCAAAUAUGCAGCACAGAUACGUAGAGCUCUUCUUGAAUUCUACAGCAGGAGCAAGCGGUGGUGCUUACGGUAGCCAAAUACUAGGAGGCAUGGAGCACAGAUACGUAGAGCUCUUCUUGAAUUCUACAGCAGGAGCAAGCGGUGGUGCUUAUGGUAGCCAGAUGAUGGGAGGCAUGGGCUUGUCGAACCAGUCCAGUUAUGGAGGCCCGGCCAGCCAGCAGCUGAGCGGCGGCUACGGAGGCGGCUACGGUGGCCAGAGCAGCAUGAGUGGAUACGGUGGCCAAGGAGCCGGGGGCAGCAGCUGCUACAGCAGUGGAAGCCGCGUGGCCGUGGGAGUGAACGGAAUGGGGGGGGUGUCGGGCAUGUCCAGUGUGAGCGGGGGGUGGGGGGUGUAAGGGCUCCUGGUCACUGCCUCCUGGGCAACUUUUUUUUAAAGAAAAAACAAAAACUUCAGUUGAACAGUUUGGCAAUACAAGCUUGUAACUUAUGCUUACUCUAAGUGGAAAUCAGGAUUGUUUUAAAGACUUCAGGUUCAGUAUUUUUGAACACGAAAUUCAUCUAGGAUGUUAACAACAAAGAUUGAGUAAACUAUAACUGUUGAACAAUUUUCAGCAUUUCUCAAGUUAGUUUUGUUGUAGGAUGUACUUAAAGCAGUAGCGUAUUUAGGUUAAAGCAGUUCAAUUAUGUUAAAUGUUGCUCUUAUACCUACACAUGACAUUGAGCACUGUUUGGGUACAUGUUGAAAGACAUGCUUUUUUGUAAAAGUCAAAAAUAUAGGAGCUGUGUCUACAAUUAAAAGUGAAACAUUUGGCAUGUUCGUUAAUUACUAGUUUCAUUUAAUCUGUAAGGCACGUAAGUUUAAGCUUUUUUAAGUUAAUGGGGAAAAUUGAGACGCAAUACCAGUACUUUAGGAUUUCUGGUCUUGGUGUUUGUAUGAAAUUCUGAGGCCUUGAUUUAAAUCUCAUUGUAUCGUGAUUUCCUUUUAGGUGUAUUGCGCUAAGUGAAAACUGUCAAAUAAAUCUUCCUUUUAAAAACUGC